AUGGGCUCCAACGCGGAUACUGGCACUGGCAGGCCGCAGACAGACACCAACGGACAUACUCGCGAGAGACGGGCCUCAGAGUCCCAUCUUCCCUCACCCAGUCACCAGGGGCCGGCGGGAGGAUAUGAUAUCACUCCCUUACCCGCUGCGCCGCCAGGAUGGACGCUCAAGUUCAUCUUCCACCGCGCCGAGAACCUGCCCCUGGGGGAUCUCAGCACGAUGUCUUCCGACCCGUACCUGAAAGCCAUCCUCGAGGUCGACCUGCCCAGUCGCCAUCCCAAGCAGGAUCCCAUGAUGACCUUUCGCACGCCGACGAUCAAACGCGAUAUCCACCCGCAAUGGAACUGCGAGUGGGUCGUCGCUAACGUGCCGGCGUCUGGGUUCCAGCUGAAAUGCCGAAUCUACGACGAGGACAUUGCUGAUAGCGAUGACCGGCUGGGAAGCGCGUAUGUCGACGUGAAGGACAUUACAGAGUCGUGGCCGGGGAUCAAGGAGCAGGGGUUCAAGAUCAAGAAGCGCAUGGGUAGUCACCGCGCAUACUUUCUCAGAACUAUCGCCUCUACGUUUUCUAAGAAUGUCGAUAACGAAGGGUUGCUGUUUGUAAGCGUUGAGUGUUUGGGAAGAACACCAGGCAAUGAGGGCGCUCAUAUGUAUACCAUCGGGCCAAACUAUUGGACCAAGCAUUUCUCCCCGCUGAUCGGCAGGUUGGCAGGCACCAAGGAGAAGAUCAAGGGCAAGGAUGGCAAGGCACCAAUUGAACGAUACAACUUCCAGGCGAUCCAGAUACAACUCUCGGGCCCUGUUCCCACGCCGUUGUAUCAUCGAUAUGUCGAGUUCCGUCCCUUUGUGGCUGGCAUGUUCACUGCGAAGAGCUUGCGAGGACGUCUACUCAACCAUGCUCUCCAUCAUCAGCAUGAACGUAUCUACACGUAUGACCACAACACGGUAUACGGUGUCUUCCGCGAACCAUCCAUUGGCAUGACCAAACGCUUCCUCGAGUUCGUCCAGUACGGACAAGGCGGCCGUAUCUUCACCUACGUCAUCACUCUAGACGGCCAAUGGCGCUUCACGGAGACAGGCAAGGAAUUCGGAGUCGACCUGCUCAGCAAACAUACCAUGCACAGCGAUGUGUCCAUAUACAUCGCCUACUCUGGCGAAUUCUUUGUCCGCCAGAUCUCCUCCUACCACGAGUCCUCGUUCCAGCAUGAUAGUGCCGAAGGCACAGAAGACUCCGAUACCCAACCACCCACCGAACCAUCUGAUUAUGAACUCAUCAUUGACAAUGACAGCGGCACCUACCGACCCAACGGCAAACUCCUUCCCUUGCUACAGGAAUUCCUUGUCCAGAACCUUCCUGGCCUCAAGAUAUCAACCCUCGACUCCCAGCGUGAUGCAACGCGCAUGGCCAAGCUCAAGGACAAACAGCGCGAGAUGAAGAGCCAGUCUGGUCACAGGAUGAUGUAUUUGCAGAAGAGCACAUCCUCACUUUCGCUCUCGUCUCUUUCUAGCUCGGAUGAAGAUGAGCUCAAUGAGCGAGAAGCAGGGAUGGGGAGUGGUGGGAAAGCAUCAAACUCGAAGAACAAGGGGAAGAAACUUAUGGGUGGACUGCGGAAUCCCAAGGGGAGGUAUAAGCGGUGGUUGGAGUCGGAUUAUGAGACUGUUAGCGGACAGGCUGGUGGAACUGGUGGGAGACCGGCAACUGCACAUACCUAG